AUAGCAAAUAGGUAGAGAACUGGUUUAUUAAAAGUCAUGAUUCCACCAUGAUUUAGUUACCUUAAAAUAAUUUAAUUCGUAAGGACCAACUUUAUUAUUUUUUUGUAUUUUUAGCCAGAUGGGAACUUAAUUAUAGAUACUAUCGUGAUAAAUCAAUUUAUGAAAUUAUGAUUUCUCAACAUACACGCCACGUGGCAAUUAAACUAACACGAGGCGUGGAAGCUGAUGACAUGGCAAGUUAAUUGUGGCAAAAUUGUAUUCUCUGUUUCAUGCAUUUUUGUCAUCUUCUUUGGUUAUUUAGAGGAGGAUAGGGAGCAGUGUGAUAAGGAGCAGCGAGUGAAUCAAACUGCAACUAUGCAAAGAAGAUGUGAGAUUAAAAAAUCUUGUAUCUUGCAACACCCUUUUACAUAUCCCACCAAAAGAAAGAAACUAAGAAAGAGAUUAAGGAUCCAUUAACUUUAUUUGAUCCUUUGCGUCCAACCUCUGAAGAAGCAUUAGAGUCCUUUCAAAAGUGGAUGAGUGAUGACUAAGGGUGAGUUGUAUACAUCCAUACUUGUAAAUUUGUGUUCUUCACAAGUUAUAAAAUUACUAAUGUUUUUUUUCUACUUUGAUGUUAAAGGUCCACAAUUGACAUUGACUACUUGCAUAUGGAUAAAAAAUGGUUUCAAUCACUAUCUAAUCAUGGUUCAUGGCUUGCUGACAUGGUUUGUAAAUGAUGCCUUUUAUUUUUAUUUUAUUUAUUAUCAUGUUCAGCUUACAACCAAAUAAUAUAACUAAUACUUUAUUGUAAUUGUUAGCACAUUGAUGUUGCCUUCUUCUUUUUCUGGAAGGGGCGAAUAGAAAAUCCUCAUAUUUUUUCCUAAAAGUUUACCACAGUGGAUACUAUGUUUUGGCAAAAUGCUCAAGCAAGAUGGAUUAAGCAUGGUAAGAAAUGGAACCAAUUCAAAUUACCAGAGAAUGACAUUCUUAUUGAUUAUGCCAAUGGUUUGCAACCUCUUUAUUAUGUCAAAUGGCCUGAUGUUGACAUUGUGUAUGUCCCCAUCAAUGUUCAGACUAGUCACUGGGUAUUAGGAGUUGUCCACCUUCAUCGAAGGAUUAUAUAUGUAUAUGACUCAUUGAUGGGCAUCAAUAAUAAUGCAAGAUUGCAAGUUGCCAUUAAACCAUUAGCCAAAUUGUUGCCAUAUAUAUUGAAUGUCAUAGCAUAUUAUGGGUUUCAUGGUGACACAAAGUUAACUACCAGGAAUGAGAAAUUGAACGGCUAUAAGAUAUUCCUCAACAGGAACAUGAUGGUGACUGUGGCAUGUUUGUUGUCAAAUAUGUUGAAUACUUAAUGCACAACCAUCCAUUGAAGUCAUUAACAAGUGCUCGAAUGGACUGGUUUCGGGAAAAGAUGGCAGCAGAGUUAUUUUAUAUGAAAUACUUGUCUAUAUAAUGAAUUCAUGUUGAUAUUUCACAUUUUGAUAAUGUAGUUGGAUGCUUUGUUAUA